AUGUCGUCGUUCGACGUGAACGACCCGGAUUUCCUCUACCUGGCCGUCGACCGGAAGAAGUUGCUCAAGGAGGCCACUUCGUAUGACGCUAAGAAAUCCUGCUGGAUCCCCGACGAUAAGGAGGGAUUCAUACCAGCCGAAAUCCAGAGCACCAAGGGCGACGAGAUAACCGUCAAAACAGCCAACAAUGAAAUACCUAACGUCUCCACACCAUUCUCAAAAGACAGCAGUCUGGAAGAGAGCAAGAACUCUCUGGAAGAGGAAAUCAGGGCACGCCAGAAACUGCAGAGUGAGGUGCGCAACUUGAGGUCUGAUUUGGAUGCCAUCAAGGAUCAGCUGGACGAGGAGCAGGAAAGACGAUCAGAUAUGCAGAGAGCUCUGUCCAAGGCCAACGCCGAGGUCCAAGCCUGGAAGACCAAGUUCAUCACAGAGGGUUCAAAUCGUACCGAGGAACUGGAGGAGGCCAAACGUAAGUUGCAAGCGAAGGCCAAUGAAGCUGAACAGCAGCUGGAAGCAGCCAUGAACAAGGUCUCAGCUCUGGAGAAGGCCAAGUCCAGACUGCAGGGAGAGUUGGAAGAUGCCCUCAUUGACGUACAGCGGGCUACUGCUACCGCCACCAAUCUGGAAAAACGUCAACGAUCCUUUGACAAGACCGUCCAGGAAUGGCAGCAGAAGAUGAAGGACAUCCAGAUAGAGUUGGAGAAUGCCCAGAAGGAAUCUCGCGCCUACUCCGCCGAGCUGUUCCGUACUAAAGCCCAGUAUGAAGAGACCAAGGACGUCAUUGAUGCCCUCAAGAGAGAGAACAAGAACCUGGCUGAUGAGAUCCACGACCUCACAGAUCAGCUGUCAGAAGGUGGACGAAGCGUCCAUGAGAUUGAGAAGGCUCGCAAACGACUCCAGAUGGAAAAUAGGGAGUUCCAGACUGCUCUGGAAGAAGCCGAAGCUGCCCUUGAACAAGAGGAAGCCAAGAUUACUCGCGCUCAGCUCGAGAUUUCUACAUUCAGAACUGAAAUAGAGCGAAGACUGCAAGAGAAGGAUGAGGAAUUUGAGAGCACUCGUCGCAAUCACCAGCGAGCCCUCGAAUCCAUGCAGGUCAGCCUCGAGGCAGAGAGCAAGUGCAAGGCUGAAGCUCUCAAGGCUAAGAAGCAGAUUGAACAGUCCAUCAACGAUCUGGAAAUCGCUGUGGACAAUGCUAACCGUGCCAGAGUAGAGAGUGAGAAGAACGUCAAGCGUCUGCAGCAGCAGAUCACAGAGCUGCAGAGUCAGGUCCAGGACGAACACCGCCGAGGAAACGAGGCGAUGGAACAGCUGAACGCCGCCGAGCGCCGCGGCACCAUGAUCAUGGCCGAGUGCGAGGAGGCGAGGACCCAGCUGGAAAAUGCUGAACGUUCACGAAAGGCCAAGGAGAAUGAACUUCAUGACGCGUCUGACUGCAUCAAUGAGCUUCGUGCCGAGGUCACUUCACUUGCUGGUCAAAAACAAAAGAUGGAAGCUGAUGUUACUGCCAUGCAGCACGAUCUGGAUGAACUGACUUCGGAGCUGAACCAGGCCGAGGACCGAUACAAGAAGAUGAAUAUGGAGAUGGCUCGAGUGAUGGAGGAGAUUCGGCACGAGCAGGACCACAGCAUGCAGGUGGAGAAGUCUCGCAAGAUGAUGGAGAACCAGGUGAAGGAGCUGCAGGUCCGACUCGAGGAGGCAGAGAGCCAGGCUCUCAAGGGAGGCAGGAAACUCAUCCAGAAACUCGAGCAAAGAGUGCGAGACUUGGAGACCGAGUUGGAGACUGAACAGCGAACCUUCAGCGAGACUGAUAACAACAUGAGGAAGCUGGAUCGUCGUGUUCGCGAACUCACCUUCCAGUCGGACGAGGACCGCAAGAACUACGAACAUCUGCAGGGCGUCGUCGAGAGAAUGAACGGCAAGAUCAAGACUCUGAAACGCCAAAUCGAGGAGGCGGAAGAGGUUGGCGCUCUAAACCUGACCAAAUACCGCAAGGCCGCCAAAGAGCUGGAGGAUGCUGAAGAACGUGUAGAGGCAGCCGAGGCCUCCAUGGCGAAAAUGCGCUCAAAGAACCGAAGUUCUCUCUCCCAUACUUCAUUAACUAUAAGCUCAUAAUUGAUUAGUGAUUUGGAGAGAAAGGUACAUGGUGCGUGAUGGCUUUUACACCGACUACUUAAAAAGAAGCCUUCAAAAUCUGUGUCCGUGUUUUGACCCACCUAUUGUAUGCAAUGACGUUUUCUACAUGCUACAACAUGUGGAAUUUAAUAUGAACUCUUAGUUGAUUUGACUAACAAGUGUGGUGUAUGUCAAUAUCUUACAAUUGUUUGUGACCUGAACUAUCAAGACCAUCUUUAGCUACAGAGCACCACACCAUCCACUAAAAUAUUUGUCUUUCUGAUAAAUUAAACAGUGGUAUGAUUCGACAAGGUGUAUUAUGGAAAGUGGUCCAGCAAAAUUUCAGUCUGCAGUGUGUUUCUGUGCAGUUUCGAACAAACAAUAUUUCUUUUGUUAUGCGUCAUAAAUAUGUGAUAAUGUAUUAUAUUAUUUAUUAUUUAUUUUGCCAGUGUAUUCAGCAGAAGCACUCUAAGGCAGUGACUGAUUUUUGUGUUACUUUUACCACAUCAUUCCACACCCCUGGUUAUUCAGACAUGAAUACACUACUCUUAUCCUG